AUGUCGCUCCACAUUCAUGCGUUCUGCGGGGGGAGAGAACUCUUUAUAGUUUGAAUACAGUGCUGAGUAGGGCUGUGGCUACACACCUAAAUUUUAUUUCAUUCGAUCCUCGUCUUGAAACAUUUAGGCAGACUUGAAAAUGCUUCAGAUAUAAAUCAGCGCGUUGCUUGAUACUCAACUCAACUUGGAUACUGAACUUAUCGUAUUUCAAGGUUUGCUCGAGGAUUCAGAUCAUUCUAUAUAAAACACGACCAGUUCCUGCAGGCACUUAAGGGGUAAUGUACCUAAGCUAAAAAGGUAAAAUGUAUUGCUAAUUACUCAUCACCAUAUCGCGAUCACAAUGAACCCCACUAAUCCAACCCAAUCCACCGUCUUAGACACUGAGUCUUUUAGCAUUGGUAAUGUAGAAAUACGUCCUAGAUUAAUCAGCGAAUGCCUAAAGACCGAUAUGUAAUAGCUAAGCGCCGUCGGCUUACUCGUUAUUGAACUCACCGUCUCACAAUCUUUACAAUAUUCAUGGCCUAAAUUAAUUCCGCUGCUUCUGUGGUUACUAUUUCUAUAAGGUCAAGUUUCUUUAUAUCAUCGGCUGUGUGAGCUGCAACAAGGCGGGUAUUAUCAUGUCAAACUCGCAACCCGAAAAGAAACCCCAAGACGUAAUGGGAUCGGCGAUUCCAGACCUCCCAGUCCUCGUUGAAGACGACUCGAUGCUGUCGAGGAAAUUCGGCCGCGAGGUCGCUAACUAUUUCAGCGGUAGCCCGUUAAAUCGGGUUUCAUUCCUAAGGACGGAUUAUGGUUUCCUGCGCGCCGCAUUCGCUCACCACGACGCUUCGUUCUUGCUACUGAACAACCUGUCCCCUCUUACUAAGGAUGCGGCGAAUUUGGCGUAUGUCAGUAGAGAUGUUGUGGUACCGCUGACAGGAGAAGAACCAUUCAAAAAUUCGGAAGAGGAGCAACUUAAGGAUUUCAAUUCGGCUAUUACGCAGCCUAUUGUCUUGUUCCUCGGCAUUGAUGAAAAGAAGACCGGGUUACAGUACCGUGAUUACAACGGCAAACCAUAUUUCGCAGUUGAUAUUACUCCGAAAGGCACUAUUGCGGAGAAAGCUACUAGCAUCGUGGAUAUUGUGAAAGCGAGUGGCGUCUCAUUUCUUGAUGGGAGGAGGCUUAUGUCUCUAAAUGCCCCCGAAGCGGCGAUAUAUGCGGAAGCUCGUGCGUUGCUAGAUUGGAACAGCAGAAAUCCCUUCUGUGGUGGCUGUGGUCAGCCAACUACGUCUAUCAAUGCCGGAUGGAAACGAGUUUGUCCGCCAAGAGAUUUAGCGGGUGUACCCGAGGGUGGCGAACCGAAAGAACGGGCGGACUGUCCUACACGGCACGGUAUUAGCAAUCUGUGCUUCCCGCGUACAGACCCGACCGUCAUCAUGGCGAUAGUUUCAGCCGAUGGCAACAAACUUCUGCUUGGUCGAAACAAGCGGUUCCCUCCUAACUGGUACAGUACGCUUGCCGGAUUCCUCGAACCCGGCGAGUCUAUCGAAGAAGCCGUCCGUCGUGAAACAUGGGAAGAAAGUGGUGUGACGGUAGGCCGCGUCGUGAUCCAUAGCUCACAACCGUGGCCCUACCCUGCAAAUUUGAUGAUCGGCGCCAUAGGUCAGGCGGCUCCUGGCGGCGAGACGAUACAUCUUGGUCACGACGAGGAGCUCACUGAUGCUAAAUGGUAUACGUUAGACGAAGUGACAGAGGGUAUAGCGAAAGGAGUUAGUGGUCUUGGAGAACCCGCCCCGGAAGGCUAUAAAGAGGGUGGUUUAAGAUUGCCACCACAAACGGCCAUUGCUAACCAGCUGAUACAAGCUGUCCUUAAGGGUUAUUUGGAUGUGGUGCCGAAGAUCUAAGCCUUCAGGAAUGAUAUGUUAUGAUGAUGAAGGUUGCAUGUUGUUCACGAGCGAGGAGUCCGGUGGUUGGUGAUGAAGUUUAGAUCGGGGAGUGAAGAUAUGAUAUAC